UCGGUCCUCCGGAUGGAGUUGCUGGGCCAGCCUCGCUGUGGUCGGCCCCCUCCCUUCGGGGGCGGGGCUCCAUCUCUUGGGGACUACACCCCCCUCCCCCCAACUGGGUCUUAGUCCUUUAAAUUCUUGGAAUCACUUUUGGGGCGCUAGAGACCCUGGAGCCGCACAGCGGGGUCCUGGGGGGCUAUAGAGUGGGGUCCUCUGGGCACGUAAUGGGAUUUGGGGGGUUCCGUUGAAAUGUUGCUGGGAGCUCAACUGGAAUCUAAAAGUUCUUCGGGGAGGUGAAGGCCAGGCACGCCGAGGGGGAGAAGCGAGCAGACAUCCAGCUGAACAGCUUCGGUUUCUACACCAAUGGCUCCCUGGAGGUGGAGUUGAGCCUCCUGCGGCUGGGCCUCCGGGAGGCAGAAGAGAAGUCCCUGCUGGUGGGGUUCAGUCUCAGCCGGGUUCGAUCUGGCAGAGUUCACUCCUAUUCAAGGCAGGAGCCAGAAGAUCCCGUGGGUGGACAGGGAGGGAGACAGGGUGGAGCUGGACCAGGAGAGGAGUAACCAAGACUGCCUCCUGCCCACCCCCCAGACCCGGGAUUUCCAGGACUGCCCUCUCCAGAAAAACAGUAGCAGUUUCCUGGUCCUGUUUCUCAUCAACACGAAGGAUCUGCAGGUCCAGGUGCGGAAGUAUGGAGAGCAGAAGACGUUGUUUAUCUUUCCCGGGCUCCUCCCGGAAGCACCCUCGGAACCAGGGCUCCCGAAGCCACAGGCCACAGUCCCCCGCAAGGUGGAUGGCGGAGGGGCCUCUGCAGCCAGCAAGCCCAAGUCAACACCCGCAGUGAUUCAGGGUCCUAGCGGGAAGGACAAGGACCUCGUGUUGGGCCUGAGCCACCUCAACAACUCCUACAACUUCAGUUUCCACGUGGUGAUCGGCUCUCAGGCGGAAGAAGGCCAGUACAGCCUGAACUUCCACAACUGCAACAAUUCAGUGCCAGGAAAGGAGCAUCCAUUCGACAUCACGGUGAUGAUCCGGGAGAAGAACCCCGAUGGCUUCCUGUCGGCGGCGGAGAUGCCCCUUUUCAAGCUCUACAUGGUCAUGUCCGCCUGCUUCCUGGCCGCCGGCAUCUUCUGGGUGUCCAUCCUCUGCAGGAACACGUACAGCGUCUUCAAGAUCCACUGGCUCAUGGCGGCCUUGGCCUUCACAAAGAGCAUCUCUCUCCUCUUCCACAGCAUCAACUACUACUUCAUCAACAGCCAGGGCCACCCCAUCGAAGGCCUUGCCGUCAUGUACUACAUCGCACACCUGCUGAAGGGCGCCCUCCUCUUCAUCACCAUCGCUCUGAUCGGCUCAGGCUGGGCCUUCAUCAAGUACGUCCUGUCGGAUAAGGAGAAGAGGGUCUUUGGGAUCGUGAUCCCCAUGCAGGUCCUGGCCAACGUGGCCUACAUCGUCAUCGAGUCCCGCGAGGAGGGCGCCAGCGACUAUGUGCUGUGGAAGGAGAUUUUGUUCCUGGUGGACCUCAUCUGCUGCGGCGCCAUCCUGUUCCCCGUAGUCUGGUCCAUCCGGCAUCUCCAGGACGCGUCUGGCACAGACGGGAAGGUGGCGGUGAACCUGGCCAAGCUGAAGCUGUUCCGGCAUUACUAUGUCAUGGUCAUCUGCUACGUCUACUUCACCCGCAUCAUCGCCAUCCUGCUGCAGGUGGCUGUGCCCUUUCAGUGGCAGUGGCUGUACCAGCUCUUGGUGGAGGGCUCCACCCUGGCCUUCUUCGUGCUCACGGGCUACAAGUUCCAGCCCACAGGGAACAACCCGUACCUGCAGCUGUCCCAGGAGGACGAGGAGGAUGUUCAGAUGGAGCAAAUAAUGACGGACUCUGGGUUCCGGGAAGGCCUCUCCAACGUCAACAAAACAGCCAGCGGGCGGGAACUGUUAUGAUCACCUCCACAUCUCAGACCAAAGGGUCCUCCUCCCCCAUCGUUUCUCACUCCUGCCCUUCUUCCACAGCGUAUGUGGGGAGGUGGAGGGGGUCCAUGUGGACCAGGCGCCCAGCUCCCAGGGACCCCAGUUCCCGGACAAGCCCAUUUGGAAGAAGAGCCCCUUCCUCCCCCAAGUAUUGGGCAGCCCUGUCCUCACCCUGGGACCACCCCUGCCUUCCAGCUAUGUGUACAAUAAUGACCAAUCUGUUUGGCUA